CCACUUGAAAUGAACAAUCAAACAGAUGUCACUGAAUUUAUCUUCUUGGGAUUUUCCAACCACCCCAACCUACAGGGCUUGUUCUUCCUGAUCUUCCUGGUCAUUUAUCUGACAACCCUCCUUGGGAACACGCUCAUAAUAACAUCUACCAGGAUCAGUUCUGCUCUCCACACUCCAAUGUAUUACUUUCUGAGCAACUUGAGCUUCUUGGACAUCUGCUACACAUCCACCACCAUUCCAGUUAUGCUAAUGAACUUCUUCCGGGAGAAGAAGACCAUCUCCUAUGACUGCUGCCUUUCCCAGGUCUUUUUCCUCGUGACAUGUGCUGGUGCUGAAUGUGUAUUACUGGCAGCUAUGGCUUAUGAUCGCUAUGUAGCCAUCUGCCACCCUCUUCAAUAUCCAGUCCUUAUGAGUGUAAAGGUCUGUGUUUUUUUGGUGACUGGGUCCUGGCUAUGUGGGCUGGUGAAUUCUGUGACACACACAGUGCUGGCAGCCACGCUCACUCUGUGUGGGCCUAACCAGAUCAGUCACUUUCUCUGUGACAUCCCAUUCCUCCUGAAGCUCUCCUGCUCAGAUACCUCUCUCAAUGAGUCUGUGCUCCAUGUGGCCAGUGCUCUCAUUGGCCUGAGCCCCUGCCUCUUUACUGCGGUGUCCUACAUACUCAUCAUCUCUGCCAUCCUUAGGAUUCCCUCUGUUCAGGGCAGGAGCAAGGCCUUUUCUACCUGUGCAUCCCACCUCACUGUGGUGGUGGUUUUUUAUGGAACAGCCAACUUCAACUAUGACAGACCCAGAGAAGGCUACUCCCUAGACAUGGACAUCCUGGUCUCUGUACUCUUCUGUGUUAUGACUCCCAUGUUAAACCCCAUUAUCUACAGCUUGAGAAACAAGGAGGUCAAAUGUGCCCUGAGGAAGCUGGUUGCAGUGGAGGAAAUUGGAGCCUCGGAAAGAUUAAGUGGCACUCCCAAGGCCACCCAGGUGAGCAGAUCGGAGGCCAGGGAAUCCCAGCUCACUUCCGCCCCCGGCCCCUCUAUCCCCUACCUGGCCAGCCGUCAUGUAAAGAUGCUAGCCCCGGUGGCCAAGUGCAGCAGCUGCAAGGCUCCCCCCACCCCGGGCUCCAGGGGUGCUGCCCACCGGCACGUUAGUCAUUGUGGGCAUCUUCUGAGCAUGACCGUCCAGAUGCUCUCGCAGAGCAGUUCCAGAAAUAGCCAGGCACCUGAGUGCAACCCGACACAGGAAGCACCCUUCCAUCCGGUAUAA